CACUCACCAUUUCCAAUUCAAGCAGAUUGAAUCGUAUGACAAAAACACAUGACGUUCUUCAAAAUGCAAAAGCAUUUCCUUAGUCAAAGAAGCUGAAAAACCAAGACAGGCUCCUAAAAUUAUGCGCCCAACCCCAUUAUGAUCAAUCAAAUACAUUGAACAACAGAAAAUCAAAAUCCAAAGGGACCACAGCAUGUGGAAGCUCCAACUAAAAAAUUGGGACCCAAAUUGCAACACCAAAAAGACAAAAGAUUUCUCACGCUCCGUUCAUCCUACUCCAUCUCGUCGGUGAUCUGUUCAAUUUUUUUCCCUUUUUUUUUUUAAUUUUAACAUAAAUUUAAGCCCUUUUAGAUCAACCCCACUUUCCAUUCAACAUUGAUGACAGAUGAGCGGUGAUUAUAAGGGAAACUGCAUAGCCACCUUCAUAUCUGCCUUGUAACAUUAACUUUUACUCUCUCAUUCACAAAAUCCAUAAAAAAUCCCAUUUUCAGACAAUUUGAGAUUCAAAGGAUUCUCAUCUUGUCUCUUAUUUUUCUCUCUCAUUUUCCUCUGAUCCAAACAAUGCCUCUCCUUCAUUCUUCCCCUUGAAAACCAGAAAAUUAAAGAAAAGCAAAAAAUCAGAAAUUAAAUUAUGAAUAAUCCUUGGUUUGAGAAAACCUUCAAUGGGGUCAAUGAUGAUUUCUUUGAUGACGUAAUAAAGUAUUUGGAUUUCCCAUCGGAAAAUAUUGAAGGCACUGAUGAUGGUGGUAGUGGAGAAGAUGUUAUCAAAGAUUUUCAUUUACCUCUUGAUGACGUGGAAGAGAACAAUGGUGGCGGUGGUGCUGGUGGUGAAGAGUGGGAUUGUUGUAACUUUCAAAACUUAGAGCCUCCACCUGCUAAUGUUUUGGCUGGCUUGUCUUCUGGCUUUGGUGGCGAUUUUUUCAGUGAUAGUUCGGUGAAAAGCCUUUCUGUUUCAUGUGAUGGAUCUUCUCAGCUAAACCAGCGGUUAAGCACUACCAAGGCAUCCUCCAGCAGAAGCAUUACCCUACACAGUGAGUCUGCUGAUGUCAAAGGUUCAACCCAGUUCCAGACCUCCAGUCCAGUAUCUGUACUUGAAAGCAGUAGCUCUUGCUCAGCUGCAAACCCCACGCCUAUUAACCCUAAACUAAGUUUCCUGGUGAAGCGUGGUCGAAGCAAGCGUAGACGAGCAUCUAACUUUAACCUGCAAUUCACAUUGCCUUUCAUGUCCUCCAACUCCUCUACCUCCGGAGGAUCCAAUUCUCUGGUUGGUUCUGAAUCAGAAGGCCAUCUUAUGGAAAAAGCUGCCAAAAAGAGACAGAAGAAGAAAAAGAACCUGACAUUGCUUUCAGGUUCCAGUGAGACCAAGAAAUCCCCCUCCCAACAGGCUGUUGUUAGGAAAUGUAUGCACUGUGAAGUUACAAAAACUCCACAAUGGAGAGAAGGGCCGAUGGGACCAAAGACCCUUUGUAAUGCAUGUGGGGUUCGCUACAGGUCUGGCCGCCUCCUUCCCGAGUAUCGUCCUGCUGCAAGCCCUACAUUUGUUCCAUCAUUGCACUCCAACUCUCAUAAGAAGGUGGUAGAGAUGAGAAGAAAAGCCAAGCUGCCGACAACUGUGACACCAUCUGUGUUGUCAAUCCCACCAGAAAUGUUAUUUGGAUAGCAACUGCAUUGAUCAUUACUAGUUCAGAAAGCUUCAAGUAGGGAGCUUCCUUGUUCUAUGUCUUGUAUUAAAUUUUUGUGUCUUUUUCUUUUCCUUAUUUCUCAGUGUGUACAUUGAUGGAAUAAGUAGGAACAUAGAUGAUGACAUGUUUAGCAGGAGGAACAGGCAGGAAUAGGUAGAAAAUAUCUCAUUUGAAGUAGAGAAUGGAGGGUGGAUUUUCAUAUUAGGUUUAGAGGUGCUUAACAUGUUUGACAGUAUCAGGUCUCACCCUAUUCAUUUAUUCUUCUUAAAUGCAAUUUUUCUUAUUGUCUUUUCUAUUCUUUCAGAACAAUCAGAAUAGUUCUCCCAUUUUGCUUUUCAGUAGG